CACAACAGGUGUUACUACCCUUGACUGCGCUACUUAAGUUAUGUCUCAUCAGAGUGUACCACUCCCUAGCAUACGCGACAUCUUUCCCGAAAUUUCAAUUCGUACUCAACCCUCCUCUCAGGACACUGAUUUGUCACUAAAUUCUGAUCAUAUUCGCGACGCGAGCAGCUCAUCUCGUCACCGCGGACCAAAACCCUAUCGCACGGGUGAUUCCGCACUAGAGCAUGAUUCCGCAAUUCGCAGUCUCCCAUCCCCACCCCCAUCCAGCACAAGUUCAGACUCGGCCCCAAAUCGUCAAUUAUCCUAUCGCACCCCACAGGUUUCAGACACUCUCCAACCUCCCGCAACUUAUUCGUUCAAUGUCCUCCGAGCUGACCCUCUCACAUCUUCACUCGAGCAUAUCGCUUCUAGCACUAAGCUGCGUACUCGUGCAACAGCAUCCUCUCAGGGAAAAUCGGGCGCGGGAAUCGCCAAUGGAUCAACACCGGUUUUCCGCGUUUCUAUGGCUGCCUUCGUACCUCCUCGGCAGUCACAACAGCGGCACAAGCAUAGGUCCCCUGGCCCUCUUUAUAGUUCCCAAAUUCCACGGGACGGUGCCUUCACUCCAACUAGUCCAACCCAACACGUACAAGAAUCCAGACCUCUGCCUUCGUCUUCCGUAUUAUCCUUUUCUGUAUCAGACCCUCCAAAUUCUGCUUCCACCGUCAUGACAAAUGAUGGCAGGAGACCUUACCUAAAGUCAUCGGACCAUUUAACCACAAUGCUGCAUGGAGAAGGGCGCGGUAAGAAGCACCAGUGCCCUCAUUGCGGUAAGCGAUUCAAUCGCCCCAGCAGCAUGAAGAUCCACGUAAACACGCACACGGGAGCAAAACCAUAUCAGUGCCCAUAUCCAGGAUGUGGUCGUGAAUUCAAUGUCAAUUCAAACAUGCGUCGCCACUGGCGGAAUCACACGAGACUGUCUGCGGGCCACUUGUCUGACAUGGAUGGGCGUGGUACAUGUGACCAAUCCCCGUUUCCUUCGGAUAUGCUAGGGCACGGCCAGUCACUGGUCUCGCCACCUGCCACAGACUCGGAAGAAUCAGAAGACGAUCUUUCUGACGAUGAUUCCCACUACGCAAUGGAUGUAUAUGAGGGCUGCAGUAAAGAACAUAAGGAGGUUAAUCAUCCCAGUGGAUCAGGGUCGCAGAACAACUCGUUUUGGUCGCGAUCGCCUUCCCCAACCCGGAAAACUGCUUCUUAUAGUUAUCCCCGACCUCGUCCGCCUUCUCAUCUCGGCCCGUCGCCAUCGCACCCCACGGAGUACCUUUAUAGACCAUCGAACCCAGCUUACGUUCGGUCUUGCACAGACUCCCGGGUUUCCACAGCCCUACGACCUGCAUUUCCCUGUGACACCUCGGGUCGCGCAGUCGCAAGGCAGAACGGACCAGUCUCAAGUCGUUCAUAAUGCACAUACAUCUUAAUUUCAUUUCUUGUCAAUCCUCCGUUGGUCGCUGCUUAUGGUCACUACUACAUACCAACACGUGUAUCUUGAUAUCACUCAGAGCAUCUCAUGUUUACAUGUAGCAUUUAUCUUGAACUGCAAACAAAGUUUACUAAUAUCAUUGAACCGCGUGU